AUGUGCUCCAAUGGUGUGUCAGAGUCGGAGGUGCGUACGCGUACGUUCACUUUACUGGAGGAAACCAGUUCAAUAGAGGAGGUAAUUGAGGGAAUCUUAGCAACACCGGCUGCGGAAAACCCGUUUCACGUGCUCUUUUUGGAUGACAUUGUGCGGAAACAUCUGAAUUGGUUGCGACAGCUGCCGCGAGUCAGACCGUUCUACGCGGUGAAGUGCAAUGAUGAUCGAGCAAUUUUGGAAACGCUGGCUGCAUUGGGGACUGGAUUCGAUUGUGCCUCCAAGGGGGAAAUUGACCGUGUAAUGGAAAUGGGUGUGAAUCCUCGCUCAAGGAUUAUCUACGCGCAUCCGAUUAAAUCAAAGGAAUCUCUUCGGUAUGCUAAAGCCAAAGCAGUAAGCAUGAUGACAUUCGACAACGAGUUGGAACUGGUGAAGAUUGCGGAGGUCUAUCCGGACGCUCGACUGGUUUUGCGAAUUCGACACGACUCGGAUAAAGCGUUGGUCCCGUUGGGUAAGAAGUUUGGUUGCGAUGCCCAUUUGGACGGCCCUAAAUUGCUUCGGAAAGCAAAAGCAUUGAAUCUCACGGUGGUUGGAAUAAGUUUUCAUGUGGGCUGUGGCAGUUUGGAUGCAGAUAGCUUUUUCAGGGCAAUCAGUGCAGCUAAAGUUCUGUUUGAUUAUGCCAAGACGAUUGGGUUCGAAUUUACGUUAUUGGAUCUUGGAGGAGGAUUUCCUGGCGACGCAGAAAAACCAAUCGAUGAGUUUGCCUUAGCAGUGAACAACGCUCUGGAUGAGUUUUUCCCAAAUUUAGAUGAGAUCCAAGUGAUUGCUGAACCGGGAAGGUAUUACGUGGCGUCCGCAGUUCGAUUGCUUACGGUUAUUCAGGGAAUGAAGAUAAUCAGAGAUCCUACGGAUGAUGACAGGAUCUGCCAUGUGAUGUACUAUCUGAAUGAUGGUGUUUAUGGCACGCUUUUCGAUUGGGUUAGUUUGCGAGCGAUUAAUGACCUGCAACGUGUUAUGCCUGUUAUAACUAAGCAGAAGCGCGAUAAGCAAUGUUUAAAAUCAACGGUUUGGGGGCCGACUUGUGAUGCCACCGAUAUUAUCUGUGAGAAUGUAGAUUUUCCUGAGCAUAGCAUUGGGGAGUAUGUGCUGUUCGAGAAUAUCGGAGCUUAUGGUAUGACUUUUGCAACUAAUUUUAACGGUUUUCCGACACCUGUUAUGAGAGUGUAUGCUGGACGGAAUAUAUGGAAUUCUUUGGAAACCAUCAAAAGCAUCGAUUGGAAACAGAAAAACCUAGACUUUUUGCAGAAGUAUCUACGAUUAAUUAAGUAA